AUGUCCGACUCUGCCACCAAAAACACAGCUCCCAUCGCCCUUCUCUCCGUUUACGAUAAGGAUGGGCUCUUGCCUUUCGCCAAGGGGCUCAAGGAGCUCGGCUUCAGGCUGCUCGGUAGCGGAGGUACUGCGAAGAUGAUCAGGGAAGCUGGUAUUGAGAUUGAGGACGUCUCAUCCAUCACCAACGCACCGGAGAUGCUCGGUGGACGGGUCAAGACCCUUCACCCCGCUGUCCACGGCGGUAUUCUCUCCCGGGACAUCCCCUCCGACCUUGCCGAUCUCGCUACCAACUCCAUCUCCCCCAUUACCCUCGUCGUUUGCAACCUCUACCCCUUCGUCCUGCAGACCAGCAAGCCCGACUGCACCCUUGCUUCGGCUAUCGAGGAGAUCGACAUCGGAGGUGUCACCCUUCUCCGUGCCGCAGCCAAGAACCACGCUCGCGUCUCGAUCAUCUCAUCCCCCUCGGACUACACCUCCAUCCUGGACGAAUGGCGCUCCAAGGGGUCGGUCUCGGAUGAGACCAAGCGUGGACUCGCGCUCAAAGCUUUCGAGAGCACCAAGAGCUACGACGAGGCCAUCGCGGACUACUUCAGGAAGAUGUACUCCUCGCCGGACUCCGAGAAGGGUAUGGAGGCCGCUGCUGGGGUCGGCUACCAGCGUUUAGGGUUGAGGUAUGGAGCCAACCCGCACCAGAAGCCAGCUCAGGCAUUCGUCGAGACAGGAGAAAUGCCAGUCACCGUCCUGUCCGGCUCGCCCGGCUACAUCAACUUGCUCGACGCUCUCAACUCGUGGGCGCUCGUCAAGGAGCUGUCUGCUGCUCUCAACCUCCCCGCUGCUGCUUCCUUCAAGCACGUCUCGCCCGCUGGAGCUGCGGUCGGACUCGAGCUUGACGAAAGAGAGAAGAAGGUGUUCGGUGUGGAGGACCUGAAGGAGCUGUCAAGCUUGGCUUGCGCGUACGCCCGGGCACGAGGUGCGGACCGCAUGUCGUCCUUCGGCGACUUUAUCGCUCUUUCCCACACCGUCGACACCCCCACCGCCAAGAUCAUCUCCCGGGAAGUCUCGGACGGAGUCAUCGCUCCUGGAUACGAGCCAGAAGCACUUGAGAUCUUGAAGAAGAAGAAGGGCGGAAAGUACUGUGUUCUCCAGAUGGACCCCAACUACGAGCCACCAGCGAUCGAGACCCGCCAGGUCUACGGUAUCUCGAUGCAACAAAAGCGGAAUGACUGCAAGAUCGAUGCUUCUCUCUUCGAGAACGUGGUCACCAAGAACAAGGAGGUACCCAAGCAGGCCAUCAUCGACCUCACUGUCGCUACUCUUGCUCUGAAAUACACCCAAUCCAACUCGGUCUGCUACGCCCUCAACGGUACCGUCAUCGGUCUUGGUGCCGGCCAACAAUCGCGUAUCCACUGCACCCGACUCGCAGGAGACAAGGCAGACAACUGGUGGCUCCGUCAUCACCCGCGCGUCCUCGACCUUCCCUUCAAGAAGGGUACCAAGCGGGCCGACAAGGCCAACGCCAUUGACCUGUUCGUCACAUCUCAGGCGUACGCUGCCGAGGGUGGUGAGAGGGCGCAAUGGGAGAGCCUGUUCGACUCGGUACCCGAGGAGUUGACAGCAGCGGAGAAGAAGGAGCACAUGGCGCAGCUCAAGGGGGUGGUUUGCUCUUCGGACGCAUUCUUCCCUUUCCCGGACAAUGUGCACCGCGCGAGGAAGAGCGGAGCGACGUAUCUUGCUGCGCCGGGUGGAAGUAUCAUGGAUGCCGAGUGUAUCAAGGCGGCGGACGAGAUGGAUAUGGUGUUCUGCCACACCACGCUGCGAUUGUUCCACCAUUAG